CUCAACGUUCAGAAGCGCUUAAAGCGCUCCGGAGUGUAGAUCGGAAAAGGGGAAGGGAGUAGCCUAGGUUCAGCUCAAGGGGGACCAACGUGUAAAAAAUCCCGCUUCUUAAGUAUCCGACAGCAGGGGUCCCGGAACAUCGCCUUCGGAUACUUUGCGGUGGCCGUUGGCGCCCUGAGCGGAGUCGUGGUGGCAUUUUUUAAGGCUGUUCCUGUUCUCAAAGCAGCGUGCCGAGGAAGGACGCGUCUCUUUGAAUAGACAGGAUGCACGGACCGCCCUCCGGCGACAGCGCAUGCCCACUGCGCACGAUCAAGAGAGUACAAUUCGGCAUCAUCAGUCCCGAUGAGCUUAAACGGAUGUCAGUCACCACCGAGGGGAUCAAAUACCCCGAGACAACUGAAGGAGGACGUCCUAAACUCUGUGGCCUUAUGGACCCAAGACAAGGGGUGAUAGAGCGCUCCGGGAGAUGUCAGACAUGUGCAGGGAACAUGACGGAAUGUCCCGGGCACUUUGGGCACAUAGAAUUGGCAAAGCCAGUUUUCCAUGUCGGGUUCAUAUCGAAGAUCAUGAAGGUUCUUCGGUGUGUGUGCUUCUUCUGCUCCAAGCUGUUGGUGGACUCGAAUAAUCCCAAGAUCAAAGACAUUUUAAUAAAGUCCAAAGGCCAGCCCAGGAAGCGUUUAACCCAUGUGUAUGAGCUGUGCAAAGGCAAAAACAUCUGUGAGGGAGGGGAGGAGAUGGACAACAAGUUUGGGGUUGAGCAGCAGGACACAGAAGAGGACAUCACCAAGGAGAAGGGUCACGGUGGCUGUGGACGCUACCAGCCUCGCAUCCGGCGCUCCGGCUUGGAGCUCUUUGCCGAAUGGAAACACGUCAACGAGGAUUCACAGGAAAAGAAAAUCCUGCUGAGUCCGGAGCGCGUGCACGAGAUUUUCAAGCGCAUCUCGGACGAAGAAGACAUCAUCUUGGGGAUGGAUCCCAAGUUCGCCCGGCCAGAGUGGAUGAUUGUAACCGUGCUGCCUGUGCCGCCACUGGCUGUGCGUCCCGCCGUGGUCAUGCAAGGCUCCGCUCGCAACCAGGACGACUUGACCCACAAAUUGGCUGAUAUUGUCAAGAUCAACAACCAGCUGAGACGAAACGAACAGAGCGGAGCCGCUGCGCACGUCAUCGCAGAAGACGUGAAGCUGCUUCAGUUCCAUGUCGCCACUAUGGUCGACAACGAGUUGCCAGGCUUACCAAGGGCAAUGCAAAAGUCCGGCCGGCCCCUAAAAUCUAUAAAGCAGCGUCUAAAGGGAAAGGAAGGCCGCGUGAGAGGAAACCUGAUGGGCAAACGCGUGGACUUCUCAGCCCGAACUGUCAUCACCCCAGACCCUAAUCUGCAAAUUGACCAAGUGGGCGUGCCGCGAUCCAUCGCAGCCAACAUGACCUUCCCCGAAAUAGUCACACCCUUUAACAUCGACAGAUUGCAAGAACUGGUACGAAGAGGCAACAGUCAGUAUCCUGGCGCCAAAUACAUCAUUCGAGACAACGGAGACAGAAUCGACCUGCGAUUCCACCCCAAACCAAGUGACCUUCAUCUGCAAAUCGGCUACAAGGUGGAAAGGCACAUGUGUGACGGAGACAUCGUUAUUUUCAACCGACAGCCUACACUACAUAAAAUGUCCAUGAUGGGGCACAGAGUGCGGAUUCUGCCCUGGUCUACGUUUCGACUCAAUCUCAGUGUCACCACCCCAUAUAACGCUGACUUUGAUGGUGAUGAGAUGAACCUCCACUUGCCUCAGUCGUUGGAGACCAGAGCAGAAAUCCAGGAGUUGGCCAUGGUGCCUCGCAUGAUCGUCACUCCGCAGUCCAACAGACCCGUCAUGGGUAUCGUGCAGGACACCCUCACCGCUGUGCGCAAAUUCACAAAGAGAGACGUCUUCUUAGAGAGGGGGGAAGUGAUGAACCUCCUCAUGUUCCUCUCCACCUGGGACGGAAAGAUGCCUCAGCCCGCCAUCCUCAAGCCGCGGCCUUUGUGGACGGGCAAGCAGAUCUUCAGCCUCAUCAUUCCAGGACACAUCAACGUGAUCCGAACGCACAGCACCCACCCUGACGACGAGGACAGCGGGCCUUACAAACACAUUUCACCUGGAGACACCAAGGUUAUCGUAGAGAACGGGGAGCUGAUCAUGGGGAUCCUCUGUAAGAAGUCUUUGGGAACGUCAGCCGGCUCCCUGGUCCACAUUUCCUACUUGGAGAUGGGCCAUGACAUCACUAGACUCUUCUACUCCAACAUCCAGACUGUGGUCAAUAACUGGCUGCUCAUUGAGGGUCAUUCCAUUGGUAUUGGAGACUCCAUCGCUGAUGCAAAGACGUACCUCGACAUCCAGAACACAAUCAAGAAAGCCAAGCAGGAUGUGAUAGAAGUCAUUGAGAAAGCACACAACAACGAGCUGGAGCCAACCCCCGGAAACACCCUGAGGCAGACCUUCGAGAACCAGGUGAACCGCAUCCUCAACGACGCUCGUGACAAAACCGGGUCCUCAGCCCAGAAGUCGCUGUCCGAAUACAACAACUUCAAAUCCAUGGUGGUGGCCGGCUCUAAAGGGUCAAAGAUCAACAUCUCGCAGGUUAUUGCCGUGGUGGGGCAGCAGAACGUGGAGGGUAAGCGGAUCCCCUUCGGCUUCAAGCACCGCACGCUGCCUCACUUCAUCAAGGACGACUACGGUCCUGAGAGCAGAGGCUUCGUGGAGAACUCCUACCUGGCAGGACUCACGCCCACAGAGUUCUUCUUCCACGCCAUGGGAGGCAGAGAGGGUCUGAUCGACACAGCUGUCAAGACAGCUGAGACUGGUUAUAUCCAGCGGCGUCUGAUCAAAUCCAUGGAGUCUGUCAUGGUGAAAUACGAUGCCACAGUGCGAAACUCCAUCAACCAGGUGGUGCAGCUGCGCUACGGUGAGGACGGCCUGGCGGGAGAGAACGUGGAGUUCCAAAACCUGGCAUCUCUGAAACCCUCCAACAAAGCUUUUGAAAAGAAAUUCAAGUUUGAUUGCACCAAUGACCGUGCGCUGAGGCGGGUCCUGCAGGAAGACGUGGUCAAAGACGUGAUGACGAACGCUCACAUUCAGAGCGUGCUGGAGAAGGAGUUUGACAAGAUGAAGGAGGACAGAGAGAUCCUCAGAGCCAUCUUUCCCACCGGAGACAGCAAGGUGGUGCUACCGUGCAACCUGGCCAGAAUGAUCUGGAACGCCCAGAAGAUCUUUAGAAUUAACCCUCGAACUCCGACAGACCUGAACCCAUUGAGAGUGGUUGAAGGGGUUCAGGAGCUGAGCAAGAAGCUGAUUAUUGUGAAUGGCGACGACCCGCUAAGUCGACAGGCUCAGGAGAACGCCACUCUGCUCUUCAACAUCCAUCUGCGCUCCACGCUCUGCUCCAAGCGCAUGACGGAGGAGUUCCGCCUCUCCACGGAGGCCUUCGAUUGGCUGUUAGGAGAGAUCGAGACCAAGUUCAACCAGUCCAUCGCUCAUCCAGGCGAAAUGGUCGGCGCGCUCGCCGCUCAGUCUUUGGGAGAGCCGGCCACCCAGAUGACCCUGAACACCUUCCACUACGCCGGCGUGUCGGCCAAGAACGUGACUCUGGGUGUGCCCCGUCUGAAGGAGCUGAUCAACAUCUCGAAGAGGCCCAAGACGCCUUCGCUCACCGUCUUCCUGCUGGGUCAGGCGGCGCGCGACGCCGAACGAGCCAAGGACAUCCUGUGCAGACUGGAGCACACCACGCUGCGCAAAGUGACUGCCAACACUGCCAUCUACUACGACCCCAACCCGCAGAACACAGUGGUGGCCGAAGACCAGGAGUGGGUGAACGUCUACUACGAGAUGCCCGACUUUGAUGUGACUCGGAUUUCCCCGUGGCUGCUGCGCAUUGAGCUGGACAGGAAGCACAUGACCGACCGCAAGCUGACCAUGGAGCAAAUCGCAGAGAAGAUCAACGCAGGUUUUGGAGAUGAUCUGAACUGUAUCUUCAACGACGACAACGCGGAGAAGCUGGUGCUGCGAAUUCGGAUCAUGAACAGCGACGAGAACAAGUUCCAGGAGGACGAGGAGGUGGUGGACAAAAUGGACGACGACGUGUUUCUGAGGUGCAUCGAGUCCAACAUGUUGACGGACAUGACUCUGCAGGGCAUCGAGCAGAUCAGCAAGGUCUACAUGCACUUACCCCAGACGGACAACAAGAAGAAGAUCAUCAUCACUGAGGAUGGGGAGUUCAAGGCCCUGCAGGAGUGGAUCCUGGAGACAGACGGAGUGAGCCUCAUGAGGGUGCUCAGCGAGAAGGACGUGGAUCCUGUCAGAACCACGUCCAACGACAUCGUGGAGAUCUUUACGGUUUUGGGAAUCGAGGCCGUACGGAAGGCGCUGGAAAGGGAGUUGUACCACGUCAUCUCCUUUGACGGCUCCUACGUCAACUAUCGCCACUUGGCUCUGCUCUGCGACACCAUGACCUGCCGCGGCCACCUGAUGGCCAUCACGCGUCACGGCAUCAAUCGGCAGGACACGGGGCCUCUCAUGAAGUGUUCCUUUGAGGAAACGGUGGAUGUGCUGAUGGAGGCGGCGUCCCACGGCGAGAGUGACCCCAUGAAGGGCGUAUCGGAGAACAUCAUGCUGGGCCAGCUGGCGCCAGCGGGGACGGGCUGCUUCGACUUGCUGCUGGAUGCGGAGAAGUGCAAGUAUGGCAUGGAGAUCCCAACAAACAUACCCGGCAUCAGCGUAGCUGGACCCACUGGAAUGUUCUUCGGGUCUGUGCCGAGUCCCAUGAGCGGGAUGUCUCCUGCCAUGACUCCUUGGAACACAGGGGCCACUCCAGCCUACGGCGCCUGGUCCCCCAGUGUCGGAAGCGGCAUGACUCCUGGAGCUGCUGGUUUCUCCCCCAGCGCGGCGUCAGACGCCAGUGGAUUCUCCCCUGGUUACUCCCCCGCCUGGUCUCCCACGCCUGGAUCCCCAGGAUCCCCGGGGCCGCUCAGCCCGUACAUCCCAUCUCCAGGUGGAGCAAUGUCACCAAACUACUCGCCCACCUCCCCCGCCUACGAGCCUCGCUCCCCAGGAGGCUACACCCCGCGCCGCAGAGCUCCCACAUGACAUCGUUCGCCACCGCGCGGGAAGGGGGGAGGGGCCUCUCCUUUCCAACUUUACCCCUCCUGAAACUAAAGACUAAAACUGAUGAGAAAAAAAAGGUUGCCUUUUGAGAAAUUGUUUCUUUUUAACACGAGAUGUUGAAACAAACUGAGAAAGAAGACUUUGAAACGGGAAACGGGGCUUCCCGCUUUCCCGUCUCUCGUUCUCUUGACGCCGGUUGCUUAGGUUUCUCCUGGAAAAGGCGUUCUUGUCGCCAGCAGCUUUUUUCUGAGAAAGUAGAUUGUAUUUAUUGAACAUUAACACUUAAGAUCUUGAGGCAAUACGCGCGAAAACCGUCUUCAUCCAGGAGUCCACCUUUGGCUGCUUUCGUCACUUCCUGUUUCUCUUAUUUUGAAAAAUAAAAGUUCUUUGAGAAAGAAGCACGUUCUCAGAGUCGGAGUAGACUUCUAGAUCCUCCUCCAGAGAGCUGAAAGAUGUCAUGACAACACCCACCAGCAUCCUCUGCUGGGCCAAUAGAAGUUUGAGACUUAUUAAAAAAAAAAGAAUAAAAAUAGAAAAAAAAUCCCUCUUUUCAUGUGUAAAAACAUUAUAAGAAGUAGUUUAAAUUCUUAUUCUGUCUUUAAAUUUUUUGAAUCAGUUGCCAGUUCUGCUUCUUCUUUUUUUGAGCAAUCCUCUCGUUUGCUCAGUUUUGUCCCAUUUCUGAAGCGUUUGAACUAUUUUUAUUUAUCAGUAUAUUCAUCUGUAUAAAUAGAAAACUCAAAUGAUUUUUUAAAUUUUUUUCCCUCCCGCCGUCUCUCUUCUUUGUUCAUUGAUGAGUUUUAGGCCGAUGUUCAUCAGCUGUGGAUGAAGGGGUCGAGUUUGAGGGGAAAAGUGUAUUUGUCCUUUUUUUUUUUCCCAACCUGGCAACGUGCCCUUUCACUUAUCAGAGCUUAAAGAAAGUCACUUCUGAGGGAAUCAUUCAUUCCCGUUGGCCUUUUAUUAACAAAUAGAGGCUAUUUUUUUUGUUUUUGUUUGUUUGGCCUCUAACUUUACCCACUACAUUAGUGUGAACUUGAUUUUUUUUUUUUUUGUAAAUCCACCCAGUUGGACUGUCAGGGAACCGUAUGUGCGCCUGCUAGAAAGCAGCUUUCUUUCAUUUUUUUUUUUUCCAUCAAAACAUUCAACACGGUUGGAGUUUUCUGAACGUUCGGAUCCCCUCCCUCUUCAUCCACAAGCGAUCUUCAUUUCUUUAAGGAAAAAUAAAUAAAAAUACUCAGUGUUUUCUUGUAUUUUUCUACUCGCUCGUCUGUACCUGUGAUGAGGGGAACCGUUGGGGGGCGUGUGUUGUAAGACUGGGAGUCCCGCAGAAGUUAAAUGCAUCCUUUUAGUUCUGAAAGCCUUUAACUUCUUCAGAUUUAUUUUUCCCUUCAUGCUCAGACUGGAGCAGAACGAGCUCCCUGCUUCCUGUGCUGAUGGUUCAGGACUCCCAGAAGAUGUUAGUUUUAUGUCUUUUUCUUUUUUUUUGAUGGCAAUUCAGGGUUUCAAGCUGAGGAAAGAGUUGAUGUUAAAGAAAAAAAAUAACUUAAAAGUUGCCACUGUAUAGCAAUGGAAUCAUUAUCUCUGCAUUCUCUGUAUCUGUUUGUUUUUGACUUGAUAAAAGCAAAAUAAAAAUUUUAAUACAC